GAACAAAAGACAUUUGGCACUCGAUUCCCCAAGAUGUGGACGACUCGUGCUUUGAUUGUGUUUGGCCUACUGAUGUUAGUUUGCCAGCUACUGCUUGUGGAGAGUGCACCUGGCCCAAUAUGGAGCUUCGACCAGGUGGGCUCCUACUUCAAUGGCAUUUUUCGCUCCGUGGUUGGCCCAAUUUUUGGGGUGGAUGAUAAUGCCAGAAAUGGCAAUAGCACAAGUAAUUAACUUAACUCUCCCAGCUUACCGCACCAAUCCAAAAGGCACCGGCAGCUUCUCAACAAUGUCCACGGUGCAGUCGCUCAGCUGUUUGAGUAAA